UGGGAGUGAUGGGAGUGAUGGGAGUGAUGAUAACGAUUACGGUUUUCUGAAGAAGCUGAUGCUCAAGGAUAAGGAUGACAAAGCCAGCCUUGUUCCGAUCAUCUUCUCCUGGUCUCUUAGUGAUGUUUUUAAUCGCGAUCUUCUUAAGAGAAAGGUACAGAAGAUACCCAAAACUUUUACGUCUUUGGGGCAUUAUUUUGAUUCCUUCACCACACCAUUGAUAGAGGAAACUCAUGCGGAUCUACGUUCUUGUUUGGAGACAUAUUCUCGAGCAACACCACAUGCAGAAUUAAAGAGUAUAGAGCAGAUAUCGGCUAAGAUGGUUUACAGUAUUAAACUCAAAAAUCCAGAAGUUGCAGUUGGAGAAGAUGAUGAUGAUAAUAUACGAAAAUGUCGUUACCAACCAAUGGAUGCAGACCUUUUUGUGCUCACGCGAACAAAACCAAAACAUAUAUCGGAUUUAUCACGCAAUGAAACUUCAUACAUUGUUGGUUAUGUUAUUCGAUACAUAGAUUAUGAUGAAAAACUUGGCUCUGAUCUAUAUAUUGUCAAGCUAUCACAUGAGUUGGACAUUAAAUCAUACCGAGAAUCAUAUUUUAUAGUUUAUCUAUUGAAUAUGACAACAUCGAAUAGGAUCUUCAAUUCACUGGAUCAAGAGUUGGCAAUGACGAGAAAUAUGCACAUCAUCAAAAAAAUUCUAUCUUAUGGUUCCCCGGUAAAAAGUGGGAGCUCUUCAUUUUGUUUAGCUAAAAAUUCCCUCGAUGCAUUGGUGGGUGACAACCUGGAUAGAUUCAACUUGAAUGACUCACAAAGAAGUGUUGUGCAAGAUUGUUUAUCAAUGAGGCAAAGAAGCCAUGAAGAUGAUCCCAUAAAGCUUAUAUGGGGUCCUCCUGGAACUGGAAAAACAAAAACUAUAAGUACUUUACUACUUGCUCUUUUGAAUCAAGGAUGCAGAACUCUCACAUGUGCGCCUACAAAUACUGCUGUCGUUGAAGUUGCUUCACGCCUCUACAAAUUACUUGAAGAUGAAGAAUAUACCGACAAAAUGAAGUUCUCAACAGGAGAUAUUGUCAUGUUUGGGAAUAGUUCCAGGAUGAAAUUUGAUGAUAAGCUCUCUCAAAUCUUUCUCGAACACAGAGAGAAGAGGCUUUUAGGAAAAUGUUUUAUGCCUAUCAUAGGUUGGAGGCAUCUUGUAGGAGCAAUGAUAGAUUUCUUGGAGAAUGCUAUUUCACAAUAUAGGCUACAUGUAGACAAAAUAAAAAAAACAAGGAAAACAGAGGACGAAAGUGAAAAAAGAGAGGAUGAAGACGAAUUCAUAAUAGUUGAAACAUUCAUUGAAUUUAUCUUGAAGAGAUAUAAUCAUCUUGCUAGGGAAUUGGAGGACUGUAUUGAAGUUAUAUGCAAGGAUCUUCCAAGGAGCAUCAUACCUGAUAAAAUCUUUAGAUACAUGAAUUUAUGCUUAGAUUUGAUCAAAAUAUUCAGGAAAUUGUUGAUAUCAGCAAGACUUUUGGAUGAAGAUCUUGAAGAGCUAUUUGAAUCUACAGUUGAGGAAAGCAAUGAUAUGUUGCUCUCAUUUGAUUCAAAUAUAUACAUGGUUGAAUAUCUUCCAAUAACAAUUAGAUUGAGAAAAGUCAGAACUUCCUUGUUGAAAAUACUCAGGACUCUUUCUAGAGAAUUUGAUCUUCCAAAUAUCAAUGACUAUGCUUCUGCGAAAGACUUUUGCCUGCAAAAGGCAACAAUUAUUCUUUGCACAGCUUGUGGUUCUUUCAGUCUAAAUAAAAUUGAAAUGAAGAAACCCUUACAGUUUUUGAUUGUAGAUGAGGCUGCACAGCUUAAGGAAUGUGAAUCCUUGAUCCCCCUACAGAUUUCAGGCAUAGAAAAUGCUGUUUUAAUUGGGGAUGAGUUUCAAUUGCCAGCCAUGGUCAAAAGCCAGAUUUCAGAGAUGGCUGGUUAUGGAAGAAGCUUGUUUGAAAGAUUGAGCUCAUUAGGUAAAGAAAAAAAUCUUUUAAACAUUCAAUAUAGGAUGCAUCCAUCCAUAAGUAAGUUUCCGAAUAUCUCCUUCUAUGGAAACAAGAUUUUCGAUGGAGAAAAUGUACUAGAUCCAAGCUAUAUAAAACAGUAUCUAUCAGGGCCACUUUAUGGUCCUUAUUCUUUUAUAAACAUUGGGCGUGGCAAGGAGGAAGCAGAUAAGCAUGGAAGAAGCAAAAAAAACAUGAUCGAAGCUACAGUUGUUGCACAAUUAGUAGAAAAGCUUUUCAAAGCAUCAAAAUAUACAAAUCAGAAAAUCAGUGUCGGUGUUGUGACACCAUACACUGCACAGGUGCUCGCAAUCAAUGAAAAAAUAGGAAAAAAGUAUGAUUUAUCAAACUACUUUUCAGUCAAAAUUAGAUCCAUUGAUGGUUUUCAAGGUAGUGAAGAGGAUGUUAUUAUUAUGUCGACUGUAAGAUCAAAUAAAAGUGGAUCAAUAGGUUUUCUCGCAAAUGCUCAAAGAUCAAAUGUUACCCUUACAAGAGCUAAGCAUUGUUUGUGGAUUUUGGGAAAUGAUGGAACCUUAAGCAGCAAUGAAAACAUUUGGUCAAAACUAAUUUGUGAUGCAAAGAAACGAAGUUGCUUCCACAAUGCAGAAGAAGAUGGUGAUCUGUCAGAUGCUAUAUUUAAAGCAUGCAUCGAGUUUGAUGAGAUUCACAAUUUGUUGAAUAUGGAUUCUCUACAAAUAAGUAAGACUAAGAGAGCAUCUGAUCUCGCAACCAGUUCAAAUCAAAGACGAAGCUUUGCUCGAGGAAGAAUGAAGGACAAGCGUCCUAUUUUCUGAUGUCCCAGAAAUUCCCAUCUAUUUUGAACUUCUGGUAGAAAUACUUGCUUCUACUCAAAGAGAAGAAAUGGUCCAUGACAUGUAUGAAUGAUUUUUGGUACUCGUCAAAAAGAAAAAUUAGCUAUUUAUCGUUCUGGCAUCUUAUGUUUUUAAACUCUCAAACAUGUCAGAUUCAAGAAACCAAAAAAGGAA